GAGGGGAGGGGAUUGAGAAGGUCUGCAGCUUUCUUCUCAUUUUCGCCUGUCAACGUUGGGAAGAUUUGGGGGAUCGCCGGGACUUCGGCAGUGGUGAUCGCUCGAAGCUCGCGAAGGGGGAGGGAGAUUGGUUUCAUCCGGCGGCGCGCGGCGGAGCCGUCGUUGAUGCCGAGGCUGAGCUCGCCGGAGCAUUUCCGGACGCGAAAUCGGAAGUAGCGGCUGAAUCGGCCGUCGUCGUAGACGUCGCCGCCGUCGAGUUUGUUUUUCACGGGGCGGAGUUGGUCCGAUUCAGUUCCGCCGCUGGACUGCUUGUGGUGGCCGACGGAGAUUGCGCGCAGCUUCCGCGCGGUACAGUCCUUGUGUCGGAUGUGAUGCUUCUGCUUGCCGUAUAGUAAGAAGGUGCUCCAAUGAGGUCGCUGGGACGUGCUAGUGAUCUUUCUUGAGCAAAGAUAAAAUGCUACCAAACUGGAAAAAACGCCACAUCAGAUUAAAGUCUGCUAUCACAUAUGGUUGUUGGUCUAUUGCAUGUCUGGGAUCAGAAGAGUGCUAGGGGUGCGGAAUAAAAAUAAUCAUGGAGCAAGCCCCUGAAAAAAAGUUCCCCGUCGAUGCAAAGGACUACAAGUUGUAUGAGGAGGUUGGUGAAGGUGUCAGUGCCACAGUGUCUAGGGCUCUCUGCAUUCCAUUAAAUGAGACUGUUGCAGUCAAAGUUCUUGAUCUUGAAAAGUGCAACAACGACUUGGACGGUAUUCGGCGGGAAGUGCAGACAAUGAGCUUGAUCGGUCAUCCAAAUCUCUUACGAGCUCACUGCUCUUUCACCGCUGGCCAGAGUCUUUGGGUUGUGAUGCCAUACAUGAAUGGGGGAUCCUGUUUGCACAUUAUGAAAUCUGCCUUUCCAGAAGGUUUUGAAGAGCCUGUGAUCGCUAGUUUGUUGCUUGAGGUUCUCAAAGCUCUCGUGUAUCUUCAUUCCCAUGGGCAUAUUCAUAGAGAUGUGAAGUCAGGGAAUAUAUUAGUCAACAAAGAUGGUUUUGUCAAGUUAGCAGAUUUUGGCGUUUCUGCUUGUAUGUUUGAUACUGGGGAUAGGCAGAGGUCCAGAAACACCUUUGUUGGGACACCUUGCUGGAUGGCUCCUGAGGUUAUGCAACAGCUGCAUGGAUAUGACUUUAAAGCCGACAUCUGGUCUUUUGGAAUAACAGCACUUGAACUUGCCCAUGGCCAUGCCCCAUUUUCCAAGUAUCCGCCGAUGAAGGUGUUGCUGAUGACCUUACAGAAUGCACCUCCAGGCCUUGACUAUGAAAGAGACAAGAGAUUCUCCAAGUCUUUCAAAGAGAUGGUGGCCACUUGCUUAGUGAAGGACCCUAAGAAACGUCCAACUUCAGAAAAACUUUUGAAGCACCCCUUCUUUAAGCGUGCUCGUGCUGCAAAUUAUCUAGCUCGGACCAUUCUUGAAGGGCUUGCUCCGUUAGGCGAUCGUUAUAGGAUACUUAAGGCUAAAGAGGCUGAUCUUCUCGUACAGAACAAAGCCCUCUAUGAAGAUAAGGAGCAAUUGUCACAGCAAGAAUACAUACGAGGCAUCAGCGCAUGGAACUUCAACUUAGAGGAUUUAAAAAGUCAGGCUGCUCUGAUUCAGGAUGAUGAUAUCAAUCCAAAUGUCGAAGAUGUCAAGCAAAAGCAUGGACAUUGGGAUGUUGGGAUUCCAGCAGAGAGGCUAUCUCCCAAUAUCAUUGACCAAACCAAAGUUGCCCCUAACAAGAGGGACACUAUUGAAAAUCUACAUGAUUUGGAGGAUUCGCUUGCUUCAUUUCCAAUUAGACCUGUUCAAGCACUGAAAGCUUGUUUUGAUGUUCGUGAGGUUGAUGUUAAUGCUACCAGUCCAAAUUGGAAAGGUACUCGAUCUGAUUCUGAAGAGCAAUUUCCUACAAAAUCUUCACCUAAAGGUAGUCAAUCUGAUAUUGAAGAACAGCUUCCAACACAAUGUUCAUCAAGAGCUAUUGACACUGAAUCUCGUAAAAAUGAGGGUGAUCAUCUUGGGCCAAGUGGCAGUCUACCACCUCAUGUCAUUCCUGAGGACAAGAAACUGUUGAGCGGUCCCCAACAGGCGGAUAACACGCCUUCACCUGAGAAGCUUGCUUUUGUUGAUGUGAAGAGAAGGGAUCAUCAACAGCCUAAGUACCAAUCUGAAUUAUAUCGCCAGAAGAAAGAUUCUGAUAUCGCAUCACCUGUUGAAGACACAUCUGAAGUUGGCGUUGUCCAGCGUAAGGGACGUUUUCAGGUCACGUCGGCAGAUCUUAGUGCAAAGGGUCCUGUCAGCUGCUUAUUUGGAACUGGUUGCAGUGGGCCAUCCAAUUUCACAUCCCCAAACAUUGCUACCGGCACACUCCUCCCAUCGUUGCAGGGUAUUUUGCAGCAAAACAUCACGCAGAGAGAUGAAAUUAUUAAGAUGAUCAAAUAUGUGGAGCAAGUAUCUGGUAAGCCUCUGGAAAUUGCUGAGGCUGGUAUUAGUGAACAACUGCAGAUGAGUCCUGCUUCUGCAAAGGAGAGAGAAUUGCAGUCUCAGCUGGUUAAUCUGCAGCAGAGUGUUCAGAGGUUGGAUGAGGAAUUGCAGAGACAGAGAACGAAAAAUUCCCAGCUAGUGAAACAAUUAAGUUUUUUGGUGAAGCAAGAAGAGAGAUUAAGAAAGGACAACGAAGUAUGAUGCUAAUGUUGAUACCGCCACCUCUUCUUUUUGUUGUUUGCAACAGUAGGUUUGAUUUGCAAGCGCAAGGUACUUCUAAGGUACAGGGGCAUUUUUUUUCUUCCUUCCAUUGUAUUACUUCAUUGUACCAUAUGUGUGAUGGUUUGUAACGCUUAUACCCGAGUUUUGUCAUAUCAUUCCUUGAGUCUAUCAAUAAAUCAGAAAGACCUAUAAUUAUAUCAAAA